AUGGACCCCACUCUGGACACGACGCUGUCACACGUUCUCGAGCCACUCGAGGAUGCUGUGUCGGCCGUACCAGUGCCAGAUGUGUCUGUGGCGCCCCUUGCCGACGUGAUGGCACCACCGCCCGAGACACCAGUUGCACGACAACGCAAGGCGCGCAACAGCUCGACCCCAGGCUCCAAUGCCGAUUCACGACGCAGAGAAGCGAACCGCCUGGCAGCUGAGCGAUCGCGUGGACGUCAGCAGGAGAAGAUUGUCGCGCUUGAAAUGGCUGUCCAGGCGCUCGGCGACGAGAACCUCCGCCUCAAGAACGAGGUGGCGCGCCUCGAGGGACGCGAGCGCGACGAUGGAGGCUCACAGGCCGGCGCCGUUUCCAACACUAUGGGAGUGGAUCACGCCCUCACGGAAACGACCGUCGCGGCAGUCGAGGCUGCUGCUGCAGCGGCUGUGGCUGCCGCCGAACACACCCAGGCGCAACAGGACUCGCAUUCCAGAAACAUUCUCGCUGCCCUCCUUUCUGGAGCUGGCGGUACGGGAGGCAUUGAAGAUGCCCUGGGCGCUGGCCUCGAUGGUGACGCCGACGGCGAGGCCGCCAACUGGAUGCGCGGCGUCGAGAGCCUGUUCAAGGAGGCCGAGGCCAGUGGUCGUCUCGGCGAGCUCGCGGCUGUCGCGGCGGGCGAGGGAAGUGACGCUGCUCCUCACGACGCUGUUCUCGGUGAUGUGCUAGAGGACAAUCGCGCGCGUCAAUCUUCCGUGGUGCCCAUGCCAUCCCUAGGCGCAACAACGUCGGCCAUCGCUCUCGCUAUCAACAAUGAAACCGAAAAGCUCCUGCGCGACGACCUUGCCCAGACCAAGGCAGCCAUUGCGCAUGUCGAGCGCGAAAUGCUUCGUCUUCGUGGACUGCCAGUGUACGACAACGCUACCGACGGCGACCAGCCGCUUUCAUCCACCCUUCCCGAGGGCAUCAUUGGUGCUGAUGAUGCGACGGUUCGGGCGCGCGACGACGAGAUGCAGGGCGAGAUCACAAAACUCGAGUCCGAAGCCUCGGUUCUCCGCGAGGUGGUGUCGCGCAUGCGCGAUGCGCACACUGAAGAAAGCGACAAGGUCAAGGCGCUGGCUGAAGACCUCCGUGCCCUCGGCAUGGACGGUGGCGAGCGUGAGCGAGACCAAGUCUCCAUGGUCCUGAGAGCGCUCCGUGCGCAGAUCACGACCCUCAUGAGCGUACCAGGGGGCGACUUUACUGCCAACCCACUCGUGACUCCCUUCUCAUCGCCCGCGACUGCCCGUCGCCGCCGCGGCCGUCCUCCCAAGCACGGCGGGCUUCCUGCCGUCAAGUAUGUCUACUCCAAUGUUUACCCGUCGCCCUCGACGCCGGGCGGAGACGGCUCCAUGUUCUCCGAGACACCCACUGCUCGGCCAGUUCGCUCAACACGCAAGAGCGGUCUCGCGCAUGAAAUCCUUGCACAAGAAGCCGUUAUCGAAGCCGGCCCCAGCACCGAGAUCGAUGUUGGGGCCAGCUCCCAGGCUGCCCACGCCCACGCCCACGACGACUACCUGUUGAGCCACCUGACCGAGGCCGCCGAUGGCAGGGGCGAUGGCCAAAUCCCCCUCGACUCGUCGUCAUUUGCCGCCUUCCUCCCCCAGUCUCCCACCGAUGCCGCCCACGCGCACGAGCAGCUCGAGUCAACACUGGCGGCGGCCGCACAGGCAGAGGAAACUGUCGCGCAGGCAAUCUCCGAGACGCCCAACAUUCUCUCCCGCCUGAAGCGUGGUCCCCCUGGCAGCUGUGACAUUUGCGGACGCACCCAGACCAGUGUCUGGCGCAAGCUUUCGCUCGGUGGCGAAGACCACAAAGUGUGCAACGCGUGUGGGCUGUACCACACCAAGUUUGGCAUCAUCCGUCCGCCCGAGCUGUGGGGAGACGGCAAGAGCGUCAAGAAGCGCAAGGCGUCGGCGCGCACGUCAACCGCGGGCUACGACUCGCCCAACGGUGCCAAGCGCAAGCGCAAGUCUGCCAAGUUUGGCAACCCGUACGACGAGCACGAGCUUGCGGCGGCCGCUGGUGGUAUGGUGGAUGGCGGUGACAUGGGUGCAGUCGUACCCGGUGCAGAGGCCUCCGACCCGCAGAGCCUGGGAGAUGUGGGCCGUGCGGUGGAGAACAUGUUCGCGUCAGUCGUGUGA